GUCGUUUUGGUAUUUUUGGAAGAGGGGGUCUAGUGAGCGAAGCUUCCAGGUUCCAGCAAAAUCGGAGAAUGGGAUAAGAGGGCGAAAAUAAAUACAAGUCGUGCAGGACAUGAGGAUGAGGGAGGGUUAGUGACUCGUAAGUUGUAAGGAUAAAGCGUGCGCUCGAAGCAAUUGAAACAAAAGAAUGGCUUCGAUUAACAUAUUCUCUACCAUUUCGCAUCCUUCACCUGAACUGCCCGCCGGCGUCCGAACCUCUCGGAAUCCAAUUGGCUGUUACCCCCUCCGGCGGCCGCGCUCAGUCCCGUUCGCCGGCAAUUCCUCUGGAAUUCCAUCCGAGAAGCCUGAAAUCGAGCUCGAAUUCAUUGGGCCGACGCCGGGAAGUGAUGGGUCGUAUCCUGUAGAGAAAGCUAAAGCAAUUAGUGGAGAGAAGCUGAUGAGGAACAUCAUGCUGGAUAACAAGAUCGAGCUUUAUGCCACGUAUGGGAAGGUGAUGAACUGCGGGGGAGGUGGUAGCUGCGGAACUUGCAUUGUAGAGAUUGUUGAUGGAACGGAUCUUUUAAAUGAAAGAACAGAUACUGAACUUCGGUAUCUUAAAAAGAAACCCGAAUCUUGGAGGCUGGCUUGUCAAACAAUUGUUGGAAACAAAGAGAAUUCCGGCAAGGUGGUUGUUCAAAGGAUUCCACAGUGGAAGAAGUAAUAAGCCAUGCCAAGCCUGAGAAAAGCGAAGCCAAGCAGCAUCUCUUGAUGCUCAGCCAAUAGCACCAUAUGUUUUCUUAUGGGAAGCAAGUUGUUUGAGUUGGAGGCGACAUGGGAAUAUUUAUGAUUUUAUGUGAGAUCUUGCCUGAAGCAUCACUGCAGGUCAUUUAUCAUAAUAAAGUGUUCGAUGCUUUAGAAUGUAAAUUCGUAGAUGUGUGUAAUGCAUUUUUCCUUCUAAUGUUAAUGAACGACUGCAUAAUGCUUUCUACAUGGUUUAUCCAUCACAAACAAAACUUCGAAAGCUA